UAAAGUUGCCUUCAUUCCUAUCAUUGCAUAAGCUGUGGCAACGUGAAGUCGGUUUGUUUCUGACGUACUGUCAUAUAACCUAAAGUAGUACACUAAAAUAUAUUGCGUCUCAUAAAUAGACGAGAAUCCAAUUAAAAAAUAUAUCGUCGUGAUAUUGUUGAAAAAAAUGAGAUAUUUUUGACAGUUUGAAAAGAGACGUCAAAAACGAUGGAUAAAAUUUUUAAAUCGAUUCAUACAAGUCGACCGGCUUUGUAUAAAACUCUGGCGAAUGAACAAUUCAUACGAGCCUCAAAUAAACUUUCUGUAAAACGUUGCGUACCUGUAGCCAAUAGAAUGUUAGCACAAGAAUAUUCCACGACUUUUCCCAUCGGUCUCAGACACUGGCAUGGCGACAGUGAAAGAUCAAUUUGUAUAUUGCCUUCUAAACAUAGUCCUGCAAUAUCUAGCCAACAAAAACGUAAUAUGUUUAUUCAGACACAGGAUACACCAAAUCCAAAUAGUUUAAAAUUUAUCCCAGGAGUGCUAGUACUCGGGGAAGGAUGUACAAAAGAUUUUCCAAGUGCAAAAGAUGCAUACUGCUCGUUACUUGCUAAACAAUUAUUUCGUAUUGAGGGAGUAAAGGCGGUAUUUUUUGGACCUGAUUUUAUCACGGUUACGAAACUCGACGAGGACGUGGAAUGGAAAUUAUUAAAGCCAGAGAUAUUCGCAACUAUAAUGGAUUUCUUUGCCAGUAAUCAGCCAAUUAUGGAUGAAACCUCUGAACCUGCUACAGAUACACAAAUUAAUGCAAAUGAUGACGAGGUUGUUCAAAUGAUAAAGGAAUUAUUAGAAACACGAAUACGACCUACAGUACAAGAAGAUGGUGGCGAUAUUGUAUAUAUGGGAUUCGAGGAAGGCAUUUUAAAACUAAAGAUGCAAGGUUCCUGUACCAAUUGUCCAAGCUCGGCAGUAACGUUAAGAAAUGGCGUGCAAAAUAUGAUGCAAUUUUAUAUACCCGAAGUACUCGGAGUUAUACAAGUGGAAGACGAGACGGACAAAAUUGCCGAGAAAGAAUUCAAAAAAUUUGAACAAAAGCUUGAAGAAAAGAGUGGAGAUAAAUAGAUACAAUCGUAGUUGUUGAUGUAUCUAUACGUCAUCUUGUAAAUGUAUAUAUAAUAUUGUAGACGUGCGUAUACUAUGUAUAAAU